AUGGCGACCUUCAAGGUCGCCGACGCGUCGGAGUACAUCGCUAUCACGGGGUGGGGCAUCGACGACGUGAAGCUCGCGAAGAAGGCGUGGGUGUGGAUCGGGCAGCAGUGCAAGAAGUUCGACAUCACGCCGGUGAACUACGAGUUCGAGGUGCACGCCAUGAGCUCCGAGAAGCUGCCCUUCGUCCUCCCCGCUGUCUUCACCAUCGGCCCCAAGAUCAGCGACGACGACAGCAAAGCCUCGCUGCUCCUCUACGCCAAGCUCAUCGCGCCGCACGACAAGAACUCGAGCCACGUCAGGGAGCUCGUCAAGGGCGUCAUCGAGGGCGAGACCCGCGUGCUCGCCGCUUCCAUGACCAUGGAGGAGAUCUUCCAGGGCACCAAGUCCUUCAAGCAGGCCGUAUUUGAGAACGUGCAGCUGGAGCUCAAACAGUUCGGCCUCUACAUCUACAACGCCAACGUCAAGCAGCUCGUCGACGUGCCCGGGCAGGAGUACUUCUCCUACCUCGGCCAGAAGACGCAGCAGGGGGCCAUGAACCAGGCCAAGGUGGAUGUCGCCGAGGCGCGAAUGAAGGGCGCGGUCGGCGCCAAGGAGAGGGAGGGGACGACGCUGCAGAAGGCGGCCGAGGUGGACUCCCAGACCAAGGUGUUCAAGGUGCGGCAGGAGGCCAUCGGGAUCAAGGAGCAGGCCAAGGUGGAGGCGGAGGUAAAGGUGUUCGAGAAUGAGAGGGAGGCAGUGGUCGCCGCGGCCAAGGCCGAGCUGGCGACGAAGAAGGCCGCGUGGGACAGGCAGAUCAAGGUGGCCGAGGUCGAGGCGGCCAAGGCAGUCGCCAUCCGCGAGGCCGAGCUCCAGAUGGAGGUCGAGCGCAAGAACGCGCUGCGCCAAACUGAGAAGCUCAAGGCAGAGCAGCUCAGCAAGGCCACCGUGCAGUACGACACACAGGUGCAAGAUUCGAACGCCGCGCUGUACAGCAGGCAGAAGGCGGCGGAGGCGAAGCUGUACGAGCAGCAGAGAGCGGCGGAGGCGCGCAAGGCGCAGGCCGACGCGCAGUUCUUCGAGCAGAAGCUGGCCGAGGACGCCAAGCUCUACGCGAAGCAGAAGGAGGCCGAGUCCUUGGCCAUGGUGGGCAAGGCCAAGGCCGAGUACGUGUCGUCCAUGCUCCAGGCUCUCGGCGGCAACUACAACGCGCUGAGGGACUACCUGAUGAUCGACGGCGGGCUGUACCAGGAGAUGGCGCGCAUCAAUGCCGGAGCGGUCAGCGGCAUGCAGCCCAAGAUCAGCAUCUGGAGCAACGGCGGCGCGGACGGCGGCUCUGCGAGCAACGUCUCCGAGUCCGGCGCCAGCACCGGCGUCGGCGCGCUGCAGCAGGUGGCCGGGGUGUACAAGAUGCUCCCGCCGCUGCUGUCCACCGUCCACGAGCAGACGGGCAUGCUCCCGCCUGCAUGGAUGGGCGCGCUGCCCAAGGACGGAGACGCCAACUGA